AUGUUUCUUUUUCUUGAAAUCUUCAAAUUUUUACCAUUUUCAAUUCUAAGCAUUUGCAUAAACUCAUCGCAUCGCGGAUUGUCUAUCUUUCUGAAAACUUUCGCAACAACUUAUUGUGAAUUAAUAGAUAUAAUGGAAAGCUCCAAGAGUUUCAAGGAAAUAGGAGUAUCUAAAUGGUUAGUGGAAGCCUUAAGCGCAAUGAAAAUCAAUCAACCUACGGCUAUUCAGAGCGCUUGUAUACCUCAAAUUUUAAAAGGAAGAGAUUGUAUAGGCGGAGCCAAGACCGGUUCGGGUAAAACCAUCGCAUUUGCUGCACCUAUGUUGACAAAGUGGUCAGAGGAUCCGAGUGGCAUGUUUGGAGUCGUUCUAACACCAACAAGAGAACUAGCCAUGCAGAUAGCAGAGCAGUUCACGGCGUUGGGAAGCAGUAUGAAUAUACGGGUUGCCGUUGUCGUUGGCGGAGAAAGUAUAGUGGAGCAAGCUAUCCAGCUGCAAAAAAAACCACAUUUUAUAAUAGCUACCCCUGGUAGAUUGGCGCAUCACAUUACGAGCAGUGGGAUGGAUACUGUAGGUGGGUUGAAAAGAGUACGGUUUUUAGUGUUAGACGAAGCCGAUAUUUUACUUACCAAUACAUUCACAAAAGAUUUAGCCACAUGUGUAAGCAUUCUUCCACCUAAAGCCCAGAGACAAAAUUUACUUUUUACAGCAACGGUUACAGACCAAGUCAAGAUGCUUCAGGAAGCACCACAAGUUGAUGGUAAGCCCCCUCUCUUUUCAUACCAAGUUGAAACUGUUGAUGACGUUGCAAUUCCAAGUACAUUGAAGAUUGAAUAUCUCCUUGUGCCCGAACACGUCAAGGAGGCUUAUCUGUAUCAAAUAUUGACAAGUGAAAAGUACGAAAACUCUACAGCUAUCAUAUUCGUUAAUAGGACUGUAACAGCUGAAAUUUUGAGAAGAACUCUAAAGCAGCUAGAAGUUAGGAUCGCAUCGUUGCACUCUCAAAUGCCUCAACAAGAAAGAACAAACUCUCUUCAUCGAUUUCGCGCAAAUGCAGCUCGUGUUUUGAUUGCGACUGAUGUUGCUUCCAGAGGUUUAGACAUUCCAACUGUCGAGUUAGUAAUUAAUUAUGAUAUCUCUGCUAAUCCAGACACUUUCAUUCACAGGGCUGGUCGUACUGCACGUGCUGGGCGUCUAGGUGAGUCCAUUUGUUUUGUCACUCAGAGAGACAUCUCACGAAUCCAGGCGAUCGAAGAACGAAUCAAUAAGAAGAUGACCGAAUUCACCGAUGUGCACGACACAGCUGUCAUCAGAAAGGCCCUCAACAAAGUUACAACAGCUAAAAGAGAAAGCUUAAUGGCUAUGGAAAAGGAAAACUUUGGUGAGCGUAGAAAGAUCAAUAAAAGAAAGCUGGAAACCAAGAGUUACAGAGAAAAAUAG